GCGGUGCGCGGCGCGGCUAUCGCGAUAGUCGCGCGGCCUGGACGCUCUGCUGCCCGUGGGCGCUGCGCAGGUGCGGGUCCCGCCGGCCGGUCCUGUGAGGGAGUGACGAGGCGCGUCCUGCCCGGCGUGAGCGGCUGCCGGGGCACAUCCAGGGGUGCGGAGGGACUCGCGGAUUUGAUUUAAAUAAAAAAUGGAUUGGAGUGGCAAACACAAUGGGCCCAAUGACACGACCAAUGAUGGGACGGUGGUACGACUCCGGGGCCUGCCAUUUGGUUGCAGCAAAGAAGAGAUUGUUCAGUUUUUCCAAGGGUUGGAAAUCGUGCCAAAUGGGAUAACAUUGACGCUGGACUACCAGGGGAGAAGCACAGGGGAGGCCUUCGUGCAGUUUGCUUCAAAGGAGAUAGCAGAAAAUGCUCUGGGGAAACACAAGGAAAGAAUAGGGCACAGAUAUAUUGAAAUCUUCAAAAGUAGUAAGAGCGAAAUCAGAGGAUUCUCUGACAUGCCAAGAAGAAUGAUGGGACAACAGCGACCUGGACCAUAUGAUAGACCAUUAGGAGGAAGAGGGGGUUAUUAUGGAGCUGGGCGUGGAAGUAUGUAUGACAGAAUGCGUCGAGGAGGUGGUGGAUAUGACGGUGGGUAUGGUGGCUUUGAUGAUUAUGGUGGCUAUAAUAACUACGGUUAUGGAAACGACGGCUAUGACGACAGAAUGAGGGAUGGGAGAGGUUUCCCAAUAGGCAUGGGAGGACAUGGCUAUGGAACUGGAGAUGCAGGGUCGGGGUUCCAUGGUGGCGGUCAUUUUGUUCACAUGAGAGGGCUGCCCUUCCGAGCCACGGAAAACGAUAUUGCUAACUUUUUCUCACCGUUGAACCCUAUAAGAGUUCACAUUGAUAUUGGGGCAGAUGGAAGAGCUACAGGAGAGGCAGAUGUGGAGUUUGUGACACACGAGGACGCAGUAGCUGCCAUGUCUAAGGAUAAGAACCACAUGCAGCAUCGAUACAUUGAACUAUUCCUGAAUUCCACUGCUGGAGGUGGCUCUGGAAUGGGAGGCUACGGCAGAGAUGGAAUGGAUCAAGGUUACGGCUCCGUUGGUAGGAUGGGAAUGGGCAGCAAUUACAGCGGCGGAUACGGAACUCCCGAUGGCUUGGGCGGAUACAGUCGUGGCAGUGGAAAUAGUGGAGGAUACUAUGGGCAAGGCAGUAUGGGUGGAGGAGGAUGGCGUGGGAUGUAUUGAAGGAUAGCCUUGCUUCUGCAAAACACCUGGAAGAAACAGUCUCUGGUCUACUAGACUUUCUUACAAAAUUUAAUUUCUUUUGUAUUUUAAGAACUUUAUAAUGACUGAAGGAAUGUGUUUUCACAAUAUUAUUUGGUAAGCAACAGAUUGUGAUGGGAAAAUCUGUUUUCUGUAGGUUUUAUUUGUUGCAUACUCUGACUUUAAAUAAAUUUUUAUAUUCAAACCACUGAUGUUGAUACUUUUUAUACUAGUUACUCCUAAGGAUGUAUUACAUAUUCAAGACUACCAGUCGGUUUAAGUUGUUGUACUAUGGUUCCAUAAAGGUGGUUGUACUGUAACUCCUAUGAACACUGAUUGAGUUCUGUGUAAUCUUGGUCUAGUGAACAAAUUUGAAACAUUCACUUGUUUAAGGGGAAAAAGAUAGAUGAAUUGAUUAGUUUAUUUGGUUAAAGCCUUUCCUAAACCCUUUUGAUAAGUUGUAUGUAAUAAUUGCACCACAGCGUGAAGCUGUGGAGGCUGGAAGUCAUUGUUCUGCCUGCCUUCCUUCUGCUGCCACAUCCACCACCACCAGCUCCACACCUGUGUGAACGAGCAGUACCUCUGCUUUCUCCUCCUCAGAACCAAGCACCACGUUUAUUUCCAUGCUUUGCUGUAGCCCCAGAGCCUGCACUUCACACAUGUAACCUGCAAAGCAGACUGAAACACUAGCACAGCUUUUAGUUAACAUGACAUAGGUCAAACACUUGGAAGCUUUUUACUUAGUAUUUUUUUCACUGACAUGCUUUCAGCAAGAGUGGGGGAGUUGGAAGCAAGUUAGACUUUUUAUGUUUCUUGAAUUUAUUGUACUUAGACAUGGUUCAGCUUUUUUUUGCUGCUCAGAGCUGAUUUGUCUGUACUUGCUCAAAAUUUGCCAAGCUGUUCUACAGAUGAGCUCCUUAGAAGCCAAGAUCUCUAAAAUAUCUGUAGGCCCAAUAUUUACUCAGUAACACACAACCCAAACACAUCAAUAAAACUUUCUGUGCAUUUGUGACAUGUAAGAUAUGUAAGAAACUAUUGUUUGAAGACACUUAACAUACCUGAUGUGUAAUGGAAAAAGGUAUUUAUUCUUCUGAGCCAGUGUGAUCUCCCAAAUUAACUGCUUUGUCCUCAAUGCCUCCCUUAAAAUGUCAAAUGUGAUCUUGGGUAUUGCAAGUCUGUCACCUGUUUUGCUAGUACUGUGUUAUAUCUGUAAUAAAUGUCUUCUUGUGGGA